AAAACAAGAUGGAGACUUUGUUUCGUGACUGAAACGAAAACUUGUAUAAUAGUUUUGUUUUAAAAAAACAUCAUAAAAAUGGAACCUGAAAUGGAAAAGUUUGAAAUUACUGAUUGGGAUCUGGAAAAUGAAUUUAAUCCCAAUAGGAUAAGACGACCUCAGUCUAAACAUAAGCAGAUUUAUGGAAUUUGGGCUGAUGAUGACAGUGAUGAUGAUCGACCCAGUUUUGGUAGUAAAGGCAAAAAAGAUCUUUCUGCUCCAAUUAGUUUUAUUAGUGGCGGUAUUAAAAAAUCUGGUCAAAAAGAAGAAGAAAAAGAUGGCGAUGAUGAUGAUGAUGAUGAAAAUUCAACCUCAGAUGAAGAUACUGUACCAGUACCCCAAAAAUCUAGGUAUUAUCAAAGAAAUUCGUUUUCUGGAAAAUCAUUAUUAGGAAUGAGAGGUGUUGACAUAUCUGAUAAAGAAUUUGGAGGGUGGGAAAAGUAUACUAAAGGAAUUGGAGCUAGACUCUUAUUGCAAAUGGGUUAUCAGCCAGGCAAAGGUUUAGGAAAAGAUCUGCAAGGAAUAACAACUCCAAUUGAAGCAAAACAAAGAAAAGGUAAAGGAGCAAUUGGACUUUAUGGACCAGAACAUAAGCAUAAACCUACAGCAGCUGCAGAUAUUGAAGAAGAAGAAAAAGAACCAAAGGUAUUGUUACAUCAGUGGAAGAAACAAGAUGGUGAAUCACGUAAAACAAAAUAUGUUUACAGAACAAUUGAUGAUGUCAAAUCUGACAGUAUUGGUAAAAAGUUUCUUGGUGAUCCCAGCAAACUGAGCAAGGUAAAAGUAAUAGAUAUGACAGGCCCGGAACAGAGAGUGUUUGCAGGUUAUCAUCAAAUUCAUCAACAGCAUAGUAAACCAGAGGAAUGGGAAGAUACUGAUAAGAAAAAAGAAAGAGGACAUCAUUUUUCACUCCCAGAACUUCAACACAAUUUAGCAUUAUUAGUUGAAAUGACAGAACAAGAAAUUAUUCGUAAUGACAGACAGUUAUCUCAUGAAAAUGACUAUAUAGUUAAUUUGAAACAUGAAAAAGAAAGACUAGCAAAAGUUAUGGAAGAUGAAAAGAAACAAAUUGAAACUUUAAAAAGUGUAAUGUUGGUAAUUGAUGAACUGAAUGACAGAAAUAAAAAUGAUUGUGAAAAUCCUUUAACUAUUGAAUCAACCUUGGAAGCUCUGAAGAAACUUCAGCAAGAAUUUUAUGAAGAAUAUGUCAUGUAUGGUUUAAAUGAUAUUUCAAUUGCAAUUGUAUAUCCCCUAAUGAAGAAACAUUUAGAAUCAUGGGAUCCUUUGAAGGAUCCUUUAUUUUCAAUAGAUUUAUUUAAAGAAUGGCAAAAUUUAUUAGAAAUUCAAGGUUCUCAUUCAGGCAAAUUAUCUGGUGGAAUAGAUGAAGAUUUUGAUCCAUAUCAUCAGCUCAUGUGGAUUGUAUGGAUGCCUUGUGUACGUAAAGCUUUCCUUUCGUGGAAUGUUCGACAAUGUGAUUCUGUGAUUGAACUACUUGAAAAUUGGAUGCCGCUCUUACCUGCCUGGAUAAUGGAUAACAUUCUUGAACAAUUAAUUCUUCCAAGAUUGCAGAAAGAAGUUGAAGAUUGGAAUCCUUUAACUGAUACCAUGCCAAUUCAUGCUUGGUUACAUCCAUGGCUUCCGUUAAUGGGAAACAGAUUACAACCAUUAUAUGCUCCUAUACGCAAUAAAUUAGCUCAUGCUUUGACUAAUUGGCAUCCUAGUGACUGCUCUGCUAAAUUAAUUCUUGAGCCUUGGAGAGCAGUUUUUCCACGUGGGACAAUGGAAUCAUUUGUUGUAGCUAAUAUUGUUCCAAAGUUAGCUUUAGUUUUACAGAACUUUAUCAUAAAUCCACAUCAACAACAUUUAGAUGUUUGGCACUGGGUAAUGUCAUGGGAAGAUAUAAUACCUUUACCAAUCAUGGCAAAUUUACUUGAAAAGAAUUUCUUUCCACAUUGGCAGCAAGUGCUAUGUGCUUGGUUAACUCACAACACAAAUUAUGAAGAAGUUACAAAAUGGUAUAUGGGAUGGAAAUCAAUGUUUUCAGAAGCUCUCUUAAAUUAUCCACUUAUUAAAGAACAGUUUAGACGUGCAUUAGAUAUUAUGAACAGAGCUGUAACAUCUCCACAAGGAUUACUCAGUUAUCAACCAGGAGCUAGAGAAAGUAUUGCAUAUUUAAAUAAUGUAGAAAGACAAGAAAUGGAUAACCCACCUGACAGAACCAAAAGAGAUUAUGAUUCAAUUGCUCAAGCAAUUAGAGGAUCAUCAUCUGCUGCUUCUCUUUCUAUGAAUUUUAAAGAUCUUAUUGAAAAGAAAGCAGAAGAAAAGAACAUUAUAUUCAUGCCUAUACCCAAUCGUUUUCAGGAAGGAAAACAAGUGUAUCGAUUUGGGCAAACCCUUUUAUAUCUCGAUAGAGGUGUAAUAUUUGUUUUUAAUGAAAAAACAUGGGUACCAACUUCACUGCAGACAUUACUGGACACUAAUUAAAAACUAUUUUAUGUCUUUAAAAAACAAAAUUAUUUAAUUUUUUUUGUUUAUUACUGUAUAUACUGUAUAUCACUGAUAAUACUUUAGUCCAGUAUUAUCAGUGAAUAUAUUUUUAUCUUAGAAGUAUUGCUAUUAUAAAGUGUGUAUUUAUACAUAUAUUUCAUAAAAUUAAACAUAAUUAUUCAGUAAAUGCAUCACACUGAUGUAUAACUGGUUAGUUAAUGUGGUUUCAAAAGAUAAUUGAUGAAAAAUUUUGUAAAAACCAUCACCAAUAUUAUUUGGCAUAGUAAUUACGAUGCCCACUGUAAAUUUCUUUUUCAUGUCUAAUGCAAUCAAUAAAUUUGUUGAUAAAUAUCCAAAUUAUAUUGCCCUAAAUGUAAAAGUUUUAGAUACAGUAGUUAAUUAACAAUAAAUAAUUUUUAAAAAAAUUAAAAAUUUUAGAUGGUAUAUAGUAUUAUUAGAUGGUACCAAUGGUUUCCAAAGUGGGCAGUGAGUAAUUCUAGGGGGGAGAAAAGAAGCAAAUAGGAGGCAGGCUACUGACAAACAAUUAGCAUAGGCAAGAGUUGUGGUUACUGGUAACCUUUUUGUUUCCUGUUAAAAUGAGUAAGAAGAAAUAUUGUGUUUAAUAGUUUUCAGAUGGAGAACAAUGCACAGGAAGGACAGUGGGAGGUUGCUAGAGAAGUUUUUCUAAGAAUUCCAAGCCUUUCUCUAAACGUAAGGGGGGCAUUGGGUAUAAGUUUAUGGAUCCAAAGGAGCAAUGGCUCAAAAAAGUUUGAGAAUCACUUGUAUAUACAGUUGAACUUUAUGUAUUCAUUUUUGAAGGAAACAGAAAUAUGUGAGAGAAAAAAGUGAAAUUACUUUUGAGUUGCUUUCAGAACAAAUAGUUGUCACAAAAGUACUCUGAGACACAAAUUAACACUACACUGAAGUUUGUACAUGUAAUUCUUAGCAAAUUUAAUUUACUGCAGUAUAAUACAUUUGAACAUGUAAAAAGAAAAGUAAAACAAUGCAAUUAAGAUAUACUUUUAAGAAACUGACAGUUUUAUUAUUGUUUUUUUUAUACUUGUCACACACUGGUAUGGUAUAUACUGUACAAUGUUUCCAGGUAGAAUGAUUGAAAAUCAAAUAUGGAGUUGAAAAGUUGUCAAAUUUUUACCAGUUUGGAUAAUACUGUUUUUAGUCAUUUCAAGGCAUUUAACAUCAAAUAAAUUGGGAAAUGCACAUUAUUCUUUUAUAAAAUGCAACUGUUAUAAGUCCAUCUUAUGGGGAAAAUGCAUUAUCAAACAAUGGAGCAUUUUCUCAUAAAAUUGCACUUAAAAAAGCAUUUUUUUUUUUUAAAGGAAGAUAUUUUCAUUUUAUAGUUUAUGCUAGAUAAUGCUACCGAAUAAAUAUAAUUACCUGUGCUGUGCGCUAGGUAUUGUGAGCAGUUACCAAUAAUUCUGUGUGAGAGGAAUAAUUACGGCUGUAUGCAAAAGCAAACAAGUCCACUCUAAACAAUUGCUGGAAAAAUGCAAAAAACUGUUAUUGAAUUUAUUUUACACCUCACACUUGUAAAAAUGUAUUAUUUUUUUUUCAUUUUUUAUCUAACAUCAAUAUUUGAAGGCGGUUUUUGAUAGGAAUAUAGUUAGUAUUAAUUAUAUGACAUCAAAAUAUGAACAUGUUUCUUUUUGCUUGGACAGGGGUUUUUUUUGGCAUGAACUGUGUUAGGAUAUGUUUUCUUUUGCCUGGCCACUAUAUUCUUUUUCACUUUGUUAUACCGGCUAGUACUUUGACUUGUCAAAAAAACAUGGAUUUUACAAAGUAGGGAUGAACAAUAAAUGUCUUCACCCAAAUAAUCACACGGGUUCCAUUAUUUUCUUCUUUUUCUGAGUUAUCUGCUUCAAGCUUGGUUCUGUUUCGUAACACUUGUUAUACCUUGAAAAACUUUCAUCAUUUAAAAGUGAUUCAAUGUAUUUUUUCUUGGCAGCUGACAGUGUGUGCCCUACAGGUAGUUGCUCGACUGGCUCCUCAAAUUCAU